AUGGCGGGCUCCUCGCCCCCCCCUGCGUACUCCGACCUCAAGCGGGGCCUGGAGAAGAGCGGCAGCGUUUCCUUCUUCUUGUUUCUUCUGCAGGCGCUAAACAGUUACACUCAAGGAGACAUAGAAGGGUCGAAAAGACUGGGCCACACCGCGUUGCUGGUCGCCAUUGCAUCUAUUCUCAUCGGUAUCUUGAUGAUUGCAAUACUUUGUAUAGUCCAUUAUACCACGCACACCAUCUGAAUUCAAAGACAUUCAAAACUUCAAAAUGUGAAAGCGUCCCAUCUUCAAGCCCGUGGGACGAGGUCUGUCCUGU